CCAGUGCAUUUUACUAAAAAAAACUAACUAACCAGAUAGAACUCGUCGGAAGGAGCGGGAGGAGAUCCAAAGAGCAGACAUGGCGGCGGCGCUGGAGACGAUGAGGGCGUUCUGGGACUCGCAGUGCAACAACGAGGAGAACUGGGCGGUCAACUAUAAGGUGCUAAAGGCUGCUGGUAUAUUUGCUGGAUCCGUCUUCCUUAUGCACAACUUUGGCCAUAAUAUGGUCAUCUAAACGGGACUAGAUAGGGCAACAAUGGGCAUUCAAUGGUGCGGUGUUGCAUUGCCUUUUUCGUUUUCUCAUCAACAUGGUCAUCACACAUGUUCUUAGUGUGGAUUAAGGAGUGAAACUCUUGUUCUUAGACAUUGGUUGGUAAUAAUGGCAGCCAAAGUAGUUAUGUAUUACCUUAUAAGGUGUUCGCUUGCUUUGUGAAUUAUCAGGCAAAUCGUCGCUAAAUUUGGGAUCCCCUUUUGUUAGGUCUUCUUGAGCUCUGCCCACCAGUUCAUGCAGUGGAUUAAGCCGAUGAUACUAUAUUGCUGUGAAUAUUUAUGUCUUCCUGA